GAGCGGCUCGGUCGCGUCCUCCGGCCCCAUGGCAGCCCCCGGCUCCCCGGCUGAGUGCGGCUACAUCCGGACCGUCCUGGGCCAGCAGAUCCUGGGGCAGCUGGACAGCUCCAGCCUGGCUCUGCCUUCCGAGGCCAAGCUGAAGCUGGCGGGGAGCAGCGGCCGCAGCGGCCAGGCGGCCAAGAGCCUGCGGAUCCAGGAGCAGGUGCAGCAGACCCUGGCCCGGAAGGGCCGCAGUUUCGUGGGCAACGGAAAUCUUCACCGAGCUACCAGUGUUCCCGAAUAUGUCCACAAUCUACACUUGGUUGAAAAUGACUUUGCUGCUGGGCGCUUCCCUUUUACUAAAACCUAUGACGUGCUGCAGACAGGCACAACCGCCACUUACGAAGCCCGCUGGGGGAGAGGAACUUCGCAGUACAGCUCGCAGAAGUCAGUGGAAGAAAGGUCCCUGAGGCAGCCUCUCCGGAGACUUGAGAUUUCCCCGGACAGCAGCCCGGAGAGGGCCCACUACCCGCCCGGCGAGCCGCAGUACAGCCAGAGGAGCCAGGCCGGGCACACGCUGCGGGCCCAGGAGGGCCGCCGCUCCGCGCCCGCGCUGCCGCCGCGCUACGCGCGCUCCGAAAUCGUCGGCUUCAGCCACUCGGCGGCGGCGAGCAGGCAGCGCCACUACGACACUUACCAGCGGCGCUACCAGGACGCCGUCUUCGACGGCGCCCCUGUCGCGCCGGUGCUGCUCACCUACCCCAGGCCCGGGACCAGCCACAGCCUGGGCAACCUCCUGGAGAAGGAGAACUACCUGGCCCCGGGGCCCGCGGCAGGGCAGGUCCGGCCGCCGGCGCCCGCGCACCCCGGCGGCGCGCAGGGCCGGGCGGCGCGCUCGUCCUGGCACCAGAGCUCCUUCCACAGCACGCGCGCCCUGCGGGAGGCCGGCGUCGCCGCGGAGUCUGGCGGCCGGAGGAUGCACAUGACCGUGGGCCAGGUGGCAGCCGGCGGAAGCGGGAACGUGCUCGCGGAGAGAGGCGCCUUCGCCGACGCGCAGCUGGGGAAUCUGGACACGGAGAUGACUCUGGAACGAGCAGUGAGUAUGCUUGAGGCGAACCACACGCCGCUGUCCAGGAUUUCUGCUGCAGCCACUUUUAUACAGCACGAGUGCUUCCAGAAAUCUGAAGCGAGGAGAAGGGUUAAUCAGCUUCACGGCAUCCCCAAGCUCCUACAGCUCCUGAAAGUUCAGAAUGAAGACGUCCAGCGAGCCGUGUGUGGAGCCUUGAGAAACUUGGUAUUUGAAGACAAUGACAACAAAUUGGAGGUAGCUGAACUCGGCGGAGUCCGUCAGCUGCUCCAGGUGCUGAAGCAAACCAGAGACUUGGAGACUAAGAAGCAAAUAACAGGUUUGCUGUGGAAUUUGUCCUCCAAUGACAGACUGAAGAAUCUCAUGAUAACGGAAGCCUUGCUCACCCUGACCGAGAACGUCGUCAUCCCCUUUUCGGGCUGGCCGGAAGGAGACUACCCCAAAGCGAAUGGCUUGCUCGACUUUGAUAUAUUCUACAACGUCACGGGAUGUCUAAGAAACAUGAGCUCAGCUGGCCCCGAAGGGAGGAAAGUGAUGAGAAGGUGUGACGGACUGAUUGACUCACUGGUCCAUUAUGUCAGAGGAACCAUUGCAGACUACCAGCCAGAUGACAAGGCCACAGAGAACUGUGUGUGCAUUCUUCAUAACCUCUCCUACCAGCUGGAGGCAGAGCUCCCCGAGAAAUACUCCCAGAGUAUCUAUAUUCAAAACCGGACCAUCCAGGCGGACAGCAACAAAAGUGUCGGGUGUUUCGGCAGUCGAAGCAGGAAAGUCAAAGAGCAAUACCAGGACAUGCCGAUGCCGGAGGAAAAGAGCAACCCCAAGGGCGUGGAGUGGCUGUGGCACUCCAUCGUGAUACGGAUGUAUCUGUCCUUGAUCGCCAAGAGUGGCCGGAACUACACGCAGGAAGCAUCUUUGGGAGCGCUCCAGAAUCUCACGGCAGGAAGUGGACCGAUGCCAGCAUCAGUGGCGCAGACAGUUGUCCAGAAGGAGAACGGCCUGCAUCACACACGGAAGAUGCUGCAUGUCGGUGACCCCAGUGUGAAAAAGACCGCCGUCUCCCUGCUGAGGAAUCUGUCUCGGAACCUUUCUCUGCAGAAUGAAAUUGCCAAAGAAACGCUGCCUGAUUUGGUUUCCAUAAUUCCCGACACAGUCCCAAGUACUGACCUUCUCAUUGAAACUACAGCCUCUGCCUGUUACACGUUGAACAAUAUAAUCCAGAACAGUUACCAGAAUGCACGGGAUCUUCUAAACACUGGGGGCCUGCAGAAAAUUAUGACCAUAAGCGCAGGUGACAUCUCUGCCUCCAACAAAGCAAGUAAAGCGGCCUCUGUUCUCCUGUAUUCCCUGUGGUCGCACGCAGAGCUGCACAGCGCCUACAAGAAGGCUCAGUUUAAGAAGACAGAUUUUGUCAACAGCCGGACUGCCAAAGCCUUCCACUCCCUUAAGGACUGAGGAAAGUGAAGAACGUGGAGCCUCCCCCUUCUCAGUCACCAAAAAGCCCCGAAGGAAAACACCUAUUUUUCUACUUCCCCUCCCAGUGAACCGCAAGAAAGCAUGCCCUGUUUGUAUCUUUUUCUAUUCCCAUGGCCCCCAGGAUCCAGAAAACAAAUGAUCAGAAUAUAAUUUAUUAAGUCUUCCAGAAGACUUCUACAGGUUUGCCACCAGUAGACCCAGGCUCAGUUUCACCCUCUGCAAAUAGUGGUCUUUGUCAUCAGGGCUGACGGUGCAUGGCGUCCUGGAACCAAAAGGUGAAUCCAUGUGGAAUGGACAUUGACAGAAUAAAUAAGGGAAGAAGCUGUUGUAUGACUAGGAUUUUUUUUAAAGUCUGAUCUACAUCUGUUUUCCUGUUCUGGUUCCCAUGUUUUGUCACUCACAUGCAUGUUGUUUCACCAUUGAGCCGUGAGUGUGUUGUUCUGCAGUGUUGAAAACAGAAAAAUGGAAAUGAGAUAAUACUUGUUGAGUUUAUCUGGAAGAAAAUUUAAAUGGCAAAAUCAUUUGUUUGUUUAUUUUGUGCUUGUUUUUAUCCUCUUGAUUUUUUUUUUCUCUGAUUUUCAAUGAACUUAAGAAAUUUAGAUCACAGAGCACGCAUGACUGUAAGAAAAAGAAAUUGAAGGGAAGUGAUCAUUGCAAGUGUAAAAAUCUUUUCCACAGAGAAAGACAACUAUGGCUGUGAAAUUCGGUGUUCCCUCUAAAUUCUGAAUAAGUGGGAUUUUUGCUCAAGAAAUUAUUUCACCUAUUUAACACCACCAUUAAAUGCAAGUCUGUUCUGACACUACCGUUCAGUGUAAUUUGUUCCCUGGAUUGGCUACAAAGGGAACCCGGGCCUCUCACACUGCUGGACCAGCCAGGGCCCUGAAAACACAGCUCCUUUUAAUGAGUUAACAUUAUCAACCAGCCCUACUUUGCCCAACGUUUAAAAAGUAAUACAGAACCACUAAGUCUCGUAUGACCUUGCUCAAGCCAUUAUUUUAAGUCAAGAAAGUGCUCAAGAAUUAAAAUGAAGUUACACUGAGGAAGAAUGUGUCCGGCCCACCCAGAAAUGAUGUGAGAAAUAGUCACGUUUAAAAGUUGACAGCAUCACCUAUUGAAAGGACUCUAAAUUAAGUGUUACUUUAACUGGGCUGUGAUUAAUACCAUUCAGAUAGAAUUAGUCUUCUUAACUAUAAUUUGUUAUGUUUUGCUUUUUUAAAAAAAAUCUAACAAUAUUUGUUACAGAAAGUCAGAAGGAAAAAAAUCCUUCAGCUCCUUUUGGCCAAAAAAAGUAUAAGAAAUAAAUUGCCACUUUCAAUUUGAAUGUGUACUUAAGUCUUUAUUAUGUUUAGAACUUAAAAUUUUUUCAAUUUUAAAAGCUCGAUGAAGAGAACCUAAUUUAAAAUGAAAUUAUUUAAAUACAAAUUUUUAAAAUAGUGAAGAGAGAAACUAUCUUUUUUCAGAGUCUGAUAAGCAUUUGGAGUCUAUUUAUUCCUCCAAGUAAUUAAUGUAUAUUCAAAAAGUUUCUGUGUUUUUAAGGCAUUAGUAGAGCCUUCAAUAAUAUUAAACACAAAAUAAGGCAAAAGUAA